AUGUCGACUCUGACUUCUACAGACUCUCGUAAGAGGAGGCCAAAAUCACAGUUUACAUUUAGGAUCCAGCCUCCGUCGACAAUACCCCUCAGGACAAGUUCCAAGCCUCAACAAUCGAUAACAUCAAGCAAAUCUGCCAGUCGAUUUGCUGAUCGAGCUACACCUGCUGAGAAACCUUCGACUACAAGCAGAUUACCACCACCCAGGGUCAGUUUCUUGACGCCUAGAGAAGUCUGGAGUCCGCUCGCUACGCCUAUACCAGAUAUGAACGAGAGACCGAAUCUCAAAAUGGCCGCGGCUCCUUCAAGGGUCCCGAAGUAUCAAUUAAAGGAUACUGGACCUGUCCCAGUGACAUCUUCUAGCUCUAUACCCAAACCUCAUAUACGUCCCCGUCUCGUAUCCAGACCGUCCACGAAACCUCGUCGACAAGACUCCACCCAACGCCCCGUCCUGCAAAUCCCCAAACCUCAAGUCCGACCUUUGACUACUACCCAACAAAUCAGUCGACUACCUAUACCUAUCCAUUCUCGUCCCGUUUCAUUGCCAGAUGCUCCUGUGAUCACUAUUCCUAUCCCCAAGCCACGGCCUGCGAGUUAUCAACCUCCUUCCUGUACAUCUUCGUCAUCCUACAUCUCACAGCCCACUCUUUCCAUCCCUGAACCACGUCCAUCUCUCCUGCCUGUUCCCACCAUUCCAAACUCGGUAAAGCCAUCCCGUCAAGCUUCCAACCAGUCUACAGCAUCAUCUACAUGUUCCUCUGCAUCUUCUCUAGCUCGUCACAAGGCCAUCAAACAGAAGGGUCAAGAUAGGUCUUCAUUCGCGAGAUUGUCUGCAUACUCGCCACCCAAUCACGAUGCGUUGAUUAGGGCUUUAGCCAUAGAUUCAGAUCUAGAGAACGAAGAUACCGAAUCCACCAUAUCGGACCAUUCGAUACGUACUGUGGCAACAGUCAAUCCACCUGAUCGCGAAGCAACCAUUCAAGUAUCGAAAGCCUCAUACAAUGGUGAACCCAAAUCCAAGUCAACUUCUUCAUGCUCCACGUAUACCCUGGAAAAUCACUCUUCACCUUUACCCACUGAUUGUCUGACCGCCCCUUAUCUUGUACCCUCGACAGCACCUCCCAUGACGCUGGAGUGGGAAUCGGACGAGAGUUCAGGUGAAAUCGAUGAAGCUGAGAAGGUAUGGAGAGAGCUGGAGUUGAAGUUGGGUAGGAAAGUCAGAGGUAGGAGUUUGAGGAGAGGUAAAUGGGUGGUCAAGCCUAGAAACGAAGGUGAAAGAGCAUCAAUCCAACAACAACAACCAUCUUUUAAAAAUUAUGAGGAUAAUGGAGAAGCCAUAAAGAUGGAAACUACCACAUCUGGAUUCUCGGUAUCACUCUAUUACACUUCACCUUCUGCCUCUUGUCAAUCUACUCCUCCUUUACAUAUACCACAUUCUCAGUCAUCGUCGUCAUCGUUCACAUACGGUUCAUCACCCAAGACGGAAUCGCCAUCCUCCGCCACAGCCUUAUUCGACAUGUCAGCUCCGCUCGUGCCAGGAGGAUCUAAUAAUGGAUAUACACCAUGGAACACCCCGCUGAUGAACAAGGAAUCGAUCAAGAGAGGUAACAGAGUUAAGAAGAGAUAUGCUUCGUGCGAUGUCGGUGAAUUGGAUGCCCAUCAUACAGAUAGAUUAGAAAGUCUGGAGGAUUACUCUCGAGUCGAAUUUACCCAGAUGGAUGAUUAUCUGCCUGGUAGCAGUACUAUAAACUCUGUUCACAACGGAUCAACUUCUUUACCUGCAAUGAGCCAUUCAACCUUCACACCCGAGUCGAUGUCCACUAAUGAUUCAAUCACCCCUCAACCUCAGCCUGAUCCCAUGACAGUACCGAAGCCCAACUCUAUACCCGCUCGACCAUCUAAAACGAUGUACAGAUUAGACUCCCACGUCGUAUCUGCACUUACGGCUCUACAAGGCGCAUUCGAUUCUCCCGAUCUGGACUUGGCCUUACAAAAUUGUUCGUCACCCGAUUUAUCGCCCAUCUUGGAUUCUCCUGAGGGGGAACUAGAAUCAGGUGGAUUGGGGUUAGGAUUGAAAUUGAAUUUGAAGACUGUAUAUCAUCUACCUACACUGUCUCCCAGAUUGAGACCUUCUGCAUUGGGAAAGAGGUCAAUUGAAGUGGAGAUAUCCGAUAGGCACAACAAGGGAGGUAGAGGUGUCCACGAGCAACUCGAUAACACAGGUUCAACGCCAGACGGAUCACCACUAGUCGAAAAUGACGAUACUGCAAAGUUAGACAAGGCUAUACCUCUAGUUGAACCUGUUCAGACAUCCAGCAACGAUCAUGAUGAUGAAGAUGGAGUUCUGGUCAUACGUGAUUUGGAUACGGGUCUAGAAAGACAAGUGAGAGUCGGGGAUGGCUUGACGUUAAGUUAG